UUUGGCACUUAGGGUUCUUUGAACUUUUCGCCUCAGCUGUGAACUCAUAAAAAGCUGCCUCUGUAUAAAACGGUUCACCUUACCUUUCCUCGGAAUUUGCUCUUCAUCUGGCGCUAUUGUCACGCAUGGAGACUCGGUCUGCAGAUAUUACUAACAUGGAUGAUAGUGACAUAGAAAUUGUUACAGCAAAAAUUCUCUCCACCUGGGAUUGGAAAGCACAAGAAAGGGAAUUUGGAAGCAGUCAAGACUCGCUUCAAUCCACCUCACCCGAGUCAUCAUUUGACUCGAUGUGCUCCUCACCAGAUACUUUUUCCUACGACAAAUCAGGAGGAAGCCCGACCCUGUGCACUUCGCAGAAGCUGACCAAACCAAAAAUGUCGACUAAGAGGCGAAUGAAGGCGAGCGAGAGGGAGAAGAUGCGAAUGAGGAGUCUAGCAGAGGCUUUACACCAACUCCGCGACUACCUGCCUCCGGAUUACAGUAAAAGAGGCCAGCCGCUGACCAAAAUCCAAACUCUUAAAUUCACCAUUGAAUACAUCAAAGAACUUUCAAACAUUCUGAACUGUGCGCAAUGAUGUGCGCCAAGCUGGCAAUUUUAGGAAAUAGGCUACUACUUGCUGUAGGCCUGUGGAGUGAUUGUAAACCAUUGGCAAAAAGUUUGGUUCGGUUUGUUUCAUACAUAUUUGCAUGAGAGUGCUGAUGCUGUCUUUAAUAACUUA